AUGGCUCCGGCACGAGACACGCCGUUCCGCUCGGCGGACAUGAGCAUGGUGCAGCUCUACAUUUCCAACGAAAUCGGUCGCGAAGUCGUCAAUGCCCUCGGCGAACUCGGUUUGGUCCAGUUCCGAGACCUCAAUGGCGAUCUGAGUGCUUUCCAGCGUGCAUUCACCCAGGACAUCCGCCGUCUUGACAAUGUCGAGCGUCAGCUGCGCUACUUCCACGCCCAGAUGGACAAGGCUGGCAUCGCUCUCCGCAAGCUCGAUUUGGACGUCGACACCCUCGCGCCCCCUACCACCACCGAGAUCGACGAGCUCGCCGAGCGCAGCCAGAGCCUGGAGCAGCGCGUGUCCUCGCUGAACGAGAGCUACGAGACCCUGAAGAAGCGCGAGGUCGAGCUGACAGAGUGGCGCUGGGUCCUGCGGGAGGCCGGCGGCUUCUUCGACCGCGCCCACGGCAACGUCGAGGAGAUCCGCGCGUCCACCGACAACGAUGACGCGCCGCUGCUGCAGGACGUGGAGCACCACAUCUCGGCCCCGGAGGUCGAGCGGUCGUUCUCUGGCAUGAACAUCGGCUUCGUCGCCGGUGUGAUUGCCCGCGACCGCGUGGCUGCCUUCGAGCGCAUCUUGUGGCGCACCCUGCGCGGCAACUUGUACAUGAACCAGGCCGAGAUCCCCGAUCCGCUUGUCGACCCUGCCAACAACGAGCCCGUGCAGAAGAACGUGUUCGUCAUCUUCGCCCACGGCAAGGAGAUCCUGGCCAAGAUCCGGAAGAUCUCCGAGUCCAUGGGCGCCGAGGUGUACAACGUCGAUGAGAACAGCGAUCUGCGGAGGGACCAGGUGCACGAGGUCAACGCCCGCCUCAACGACGUCCAGAGCGUCCUCCGCAACACCCAACAGACCCUCGAGGCCGAGCUCACCCAGAUCUCGCGCUCUCUGUCGGCCUGGAUGAUCCUCGUCGGCAAGGAGAAGGCUGUCUACAACUCGCUCAACAACUUUUCCUACGACCGCGCCCGUCGCACGCUGAUCGCCGAGGGCUGGUGCCCGACCCAUGAUCUGCCGCUCAUCCGGUCGACUCUGCAAGACGUCACCAACCGAGCCGGCUUGUCGGUGCCGUCCAUCAUCAACGAGAUCCGCACCAACAAGAAGCCGCCGACGUACCUCAAGACCAACAAGUUCACCGAGGCCUUCCAGACCAUCGUCAAUGCCUACGGCACGGCCACGUACCAGGAAGUCAACCCGGCCAUCCCCGUCAUCGUCACCUUCCCCUUCCUGUUCGCCGUCAUGUUUGGCGAUCUCGGCCACGCCAUCAUCAUGCUCUGCGCCUCUCUGGCCAUGAUCUACUGGGAGAAGCCGCUGAAGAAGGUCACGUUUGAGCUCUUCGCCAUGGUCUACUACGGCCGUUACAUCGCCCUGGUCAUGGCUGUCUUCUCCAUCUAUACCGGUCUCAUCUACAACGAUAUCUUCUCCAAGUCCAUGACGCUGUUCAAGAGCUCCUGGGAACGGUCACGGCGCAGCUCCGGGACCCCAACUACCGCUACCCCCUUCGGCCUGGACUGGCGCUGGCACGGCACCGAGAACGACCUGCUGUUCAGCAACAGCUACAAGAUGAAGAUGAGCAUCAUCCUCGGCUGGGCCCACAUGACCUACUCGCUGUGCUUCGCCUACAUCAACGCCCGCCACUUCAAGCGGCCCGUCGACAUCUGGGGCAACUUCCUCCCCGGCAUGAUCUUCUUCCAGGCCAUCUUUGGUUACCUCGUCAUCUGCAUCAUCUACAAGUGGACCGUCGACUGGUUCGCCAUCGGCCAGCAGCCCCCCGGCCUGCUCAACAUGCUCAUCUACAUGUUCCUCCAGCCCGGCUUCAUCGACACGCCGCUGUACCCCGGCCAGAAGUACGUCCAGAUCGGCCUGCUGCUCAUCGCCCUCGCCCAGGUGCCCAUCCUCCUGUUCCUCAAGCCCUUCUAUCUGCGCUGGGAGCACAACCGCGCCCGCGCCAAGGGCUACCGCGGCAUCGGCGAGCGCUCGCGCGUCAGCGCCCUGGACGAGGACGACGAUGCCGGUGCUGCCAACGGGAGGCACAGCGUGGACAGCGCCGGCGAGGGCGCCGCCAUGAUCGCGCAGGACCUGGAUGGGGAUGAUGACGACGGCCAUGGUGGCCAUGGCGAGGAGUUUGAGUUUAGCGAGGUCAUGAUCCACCAGGUCAUUCACACCAUCGAGUUCUGCCUCAACUGUGUCUCGCACACGGCGUCGUACCUCCGCCUCUGGGCCCUCUCCCUCGCCCACCAGCAGCUCUCGGCCGUGCUGUGCUGUAUCAUUCUGAUCAUUAUGGAGGGUGUUUCUGCUAUGCUUCACUCGUUGCGUCUGGCGUGGGUCGAGUCCUUCUCCAAGUUUGCCGAGUUUGGCGGGUGGCCGUUUGCGCCCUUCUCGUUCAAACAGCUGCUGGAGGAGUCGGAGGAGUUGAAGGAAUAUAUGGGAUGA